CCUGGUGGCGGUCUUUGGGGCGGCCAUAUUUUCUCUCGUGGGUUUCAGUCACGAAGGUGGUGGUUCGCUGACAAUUUCUGGGAUGCGCCGUUUGAAGACAUUCUCGCGUGUUUUAUACUCGUAAAUAAGUGAACAGUGCCAAUCAUGGCUAAAGGGAGUAACAAUUUGUCUGGAAGACGAUCAUCGUCGCAUAAUACAAAGCCCUACGACGCAAACAAUUCUUUUGUAAAAAAAGUGGCAACAAAAGUAACAGAUCUUAUACCACAAAGAUUAUGGAUCAGUAAAUGGUUUCAUUCAUCUCAGAAUGACGAAGACGUUUUAGAGAAUAAUGAAAAUCCUGAAGAAGAAGAAGAAGUUGAAUCAGAAGAGGAUAUUCAAAAACCUCCACCUUUAAAAAGACCAUGUAUUCGUAUGGAUGUUACUCAUCCACCUGGAACAUUUACAAUUCAACCAAGAGCUAAAUCAACAGUUAACAAAACCAAUCCAUCUAAACAACAAUAUUCAAUUCAUGAUGAAACGAGCGAUGACUUUUGUAAACCUGCAAUGGCUGGGCCAAGCGGGAUGAGCCAUUUAGUAUCUUCUACAUCUGGAACACAAUCAGACAUUAGAGACAUAACAUCUCAGAGAUCUGAGUUAAAUACAUUAGUUGCUACUGCAAAUAAUGGAACUACAAAUGGUAUGGAUGAUAAUUCUGAAUCCAGUGAAAGCACUAGUGGCUGUAGCUCUCUUAUUCCACAAACAAAUAGACAAGAAGCUCCAUCAAAUGUCUCUUACAGUUCUCAAUUUUCUAAUAGAAAAAAAUUUAAUGAUGAUAAAUUAAGUUUCACCAAUCAUAUGCAGUCUCCGAGGUCUUUAUUUUUAAGUAAUAAUACUCGAGAUUCCUUAAGUAGUCGUAGACCAAGCUUCAAUGCAUCAAUCAUAACAAACACGCCGGAUCGUGCAUCUCCCUUGGCAUCUCCUUUUUACAGUGGAAAUAUUACUUUUGGUGGAGCAAAUGCAGCUGGCCUUAAACGUGGUCGCAAUUUGUUCAAUAGUUCAAACGAGAUUCAACUUAAAGUUCCUAAAAGAACACGCGUUGAAGUAAAACCAUCUAAUACAGCAGGAGUUGAUUCAUCUGGCAUGAGUCAAACUGCUAAAAAAAUAUUGGAAGCAUUAGAACAUUUUUCAUCACCAAUAACUGAUGCUAAAAAAAUUCCAUUAAAGAUGAUGAAUAAUACAUCAUCAGUAAGUAAAAAGAGAACUAGAGAGGAAAUGACAUCUACAACGAAAGUUGGAUUACGUCACUUAACUCGUGAAUUAACUGUACCAACUAUACCUGAUAUAUUAAAAUUGAGGCGGCGGCAAAAACUACAGGAUACAACAGCUGCGGCUAGAAAAAUUGUUUCUGCUCGAAGCGAACCACCGCCUCAACAAGAAUAUCAUCUUAGAACACAAGCUGCAGAAGAUUCAAAGCACCAUGGAAAAGUUAAAACUAAAACAACAAAUCUUGAACAGGAAAAUACAGUUGAACCAAUCAAUUUACCAAACAUACCUUUACCAAUAUCUUCUUUACCUAAUUUCAACUUUAUGCCAUCUACUGGUUCAAAGGUAGCAGACAAGGCUGAUAUAGAUAAAGGAGACACCUUUACAUUUGCAAGUCCUAUAAAAGUAACAAAUACUACUACAAAGAAUUUAAAAUCUAUCAAUAACUUUACAUUUAGUACUCCAAUUAAUGCUGAUAAGCAAUCAACAGAUAAAUCUAAUGAUUCAAACACUAAUGAAUUAAAAUCUGGAAGUGUCAUGGACAUUCUUUGUUCUACAUCUAAUAUAACUAAAUCCGAAAAAUCAAGUGAAGGAAAGGUGCAAUUAGAUUCAAAUACAGAAUCAACUAAUGAUAAAAUAAAUAAAGUUAUUCUAGAUACCAAUAAAGAUGAUGAUAUUACAGAAGUUGUAAAUUCAAAGUCCAAUACACAAAAUAUUUCAAUCAUGUGGGAAUGUUCUGAAUGUUUAUUUAAGAACAAUGAUUCUGAAACACGAUGUUUUGCUUGUAAAGCUAGCAAACCAAACAUUAAAGAUAAAAAUACUUCUGAAGUGUCAAUAUCAAGCAAUACCAAUGAAUUAAAAGCUACUGUAAAGGAUCAUUUUGGAUCAGAAUUUAAACUUUCAAAUAACCAGUGGGAAUGUACGUCGUGUUUCGUAAGAAACAAACAAAAUGAUACUAAUUGUGUUGCAUGCAGUGCGCUUAAACCAGACACAAAGCAAGAAAGUAAAUUUGUCAAACAUGAAAUGCCAGAAAAAUGUUGGGAAUGUCCGAAAUGUAAGGUAGAUGUUUCUGAAAAUUCAAUUACAUGCUUUUCUUGUAACACACCAAAAUCAAGUACAUUAAAAAUCAGUCCACAAAAGAAUAUAAAUCCUACAGAUAAUACAAAUAUUUCUAUAAAUCAGAAUAUUAGAACGCCAUUUAAUAUAAUUAAUCCAGAUAAAACUAUGGAUAAAUUUAAACCAAGCAAGGAUACAUGGGAAUGUCCUUGCUGUAUGGUUAGAAGUUCUGUUUAUGUUGAUUCUUGUCCAUGUUGUAAUACAGCUAAACCUAGUAUUGGAGUUACUACUAAAAGUGUUCCAUCUGUUUCAAAUGGAUUUGGAGAUAAGUUUAAAAAACCUGAAGGUGAGUGGAAUUGUGAUACUUGUAUGCUACAAAAUGAGGCAAAGAAUACUAAAUGUGUAGCUUGUGGUGAUUCAAAGCCAGGAUCAAAGAAAUUAGAUAAUACUACUCCUGCAAACACCAAUUCUAAUUUACAAUUUAAUUUUGAUAUGCCUGCAAAUGCUAGUGGUUUCAAAUUUGGCAUAGACAAAUCUGGUCAAGAAAAGACGGAUAGUACAAUAUCUACAAAUGGUUUUAAAUUUGGGGAAAAUCAACAGAAUAAUCAAAUUGGCCAAUUUACAUUUGGUAUUCAAAAAGAAGAACAGAAAACAAAUGAAAUACAAAAGUCUGAAAAUAUUGUCCUUUUGACUUCAGGAAAUGGUUUUGGAUUUCAAAGUAAUACAAGUAAUGGGGAAAAGACUGAUACAAAACAAGAUUUAGAAAAGGUGGAGAAAAACUCAACAUCAUUAUUUUCAUUUGGUAUAGCUAAAAGCGAAAGUCGAGCAACGGAAAGUGAUAAACAACCUGCAAAUGUAACAACUACAAUUUCAUCCACCUUUACAUUUGGUGCACCUAAGGCUACAGAUGUACAAUCAGAUAUAAAAGAAGAAAAACAAACUCUGCUUGGAAAUACUACUGUAGAAGUUCCACAGUCAAGCAUAGUAACUACUGAAUCUUCUGUUGCUAUUAAUACAAAUACAUUAUCUUCAAUAACUCAAAGUAAUACUUCAAUAACUCAAGAAACUAAGCCAACUGCUACUUUUUCAUUUGGUGUGCCAAGUAACACAAUUGCAGUUACUAGCAAUACCUCAACAACAGUGGUAUCAAGUCUUCCAUCUUCAACUCAAUCUUCCUUUACAUUUCUUGAAUCAAAAUCGACUGCACCAACAUCACUUGUACCAUCCUUUAUACCAACUUCAGCUCCUGCUUCUAAUUUAUCUAAUACCUUCACAUUUGGAGACAGUAAAACAAAGGAAGAAUCUUCAGUAACUAAAACUUUUGGUACAUUGCCAAAUACUUCUUCUGGAAAUUCAUUAUUUUCAAGUAUUCCCAAUACUCCAUCAUUAUUUAAUAAUAAUGAUAUAAAAACUACACCAACAUUUGGACAAACUGCACCUGAAGAUAACAAACAACCUGUAUUUAAUGCUACAGAUACAAAUAAAUCAUCCACAUUUGCAAUGCCAGAGAAUAAAGUACCAUUAUUUGGUAAUACAGAAAAUAAACGUACAAUUUUUGGUUCUACUGAUACAAAAAUACCUGUAUUUGGAAGUACAGAUAAUAAAACAUCUCUGUUUAAUCCAACACUUCAAGCACCAUCUGCAACACCAACACCUUUUGGCUCACCAUCAACUACACAACCACUAUUUGGAGCAAAUGUUACUCCUGUUUUUGGUAAUAAUACUGCUUCAACAUUCACUACUGAAUCAACACCUCGUAUGAAUGAAACUAAUACACCGAAUCCAAAUAUAUUCACAUUUGGUACUUCCUGCGAAUCUACUCAAAAACCAUUAUUUACAUUUGGUAGCCACUCAACUACUCCACAAAGUGGUAAUUUAUUUGGAAAUACAUUUAAUAAUUCUAUAUCUGCUAAUUCUUCCGGCUUUACAUUUAAUGCACCAAAACCGGAAGCACCAGCAUUUGCUCAACCUACAGCUGCAAAUCCAAUUUUUGGUGCACCACAACCUGGUACACAAAAUCAAGCAUCAUCGUCGUUUUCAUCUACUCCUUCAAAUUCAGGAUUUAAUUUUGGAUCUACAGCACCUGCAACGUCAUCGGGAGGAUUUAACUUCGGUACAGUUGCUCCUGCUUCUGCACCAUCUGCAGGAUUUAAUUUUAAUCCUCCUGGUACUACACCAACAUUUGAUCCUAAUACUCCACCAUCAUUUAAUUUCACUGGUGGUAACGCACCUACAGCAUUUACUGGUAACCCUACCCAAAUACCACGAAAGAUCAAGAAAGCUCUUAGAAGAAUGCGGUAGAGGGCAAGUAAUAUACGACCAUAAUUGCACAUACACUCGGGUGUAAUUUUUUUUUCUUCCUUUUUUCUUUUUUAAUAUGUAUUUCAUGCAACCGUGUGUGUGAAUAUGUUUUUGAAUAUAUGCUAAAGUUUACAGUAUGAUACAAUGAAAAUAUCAUAUACUGACCGGUUACAUCAAUGUGGUGGUAUACCAAGCAUUUUAUGUAAUAUAUUAAUUUGUCAAUGGGAUAUGCUUGCGUACAACCACUUGUGUUCUACAGGAUCUGUAAAUUAUAAAUUAUUUAAAUUAUACAAUAAUAACAAAUGAUACUUCGACCUUGGCAUGAAGCCAUUUUUGCAACUAAGACAGAUCAUAAUGCCAUUGCAUUACUAAUACCUUGCCCAAACAAGACACUAUAUGUAUGUUCUGGCGUGACAAAUUAAUUUGCUGAAACAAGAGAGUACCUCGAUAAAGAAAUCUUACAAAGCACUAAAUGUGUGCAAUUUAUUGAGGAUAACGAGUGGGAGUGUAUCCCUCAGGUAAGUACAAGUCAUUCACAACUCGUGACAAUGCUUUUGUAACUGACAAGGAGGAGGGACUAUACAGUGUUGCAGAACAUUGAUUAAAAAUUAUUUUUUUGUAAUGAAAGAAAUGUUGCAAUAACUUGCAAUAGCUUUAUUCUUAUAUUUGUAUGUAAAAACAAUCAUUCUUUCCUGACUGAUUAUUUUUAAUAAAUUCAGUAUACACAGCUUUACAUAGUCAAGUAUAUAAGCUUG